CCUGCCCGUCCCGGCUCUGUCACCUCACAGUAGUCGUUGCCGGUGGCGGGUGAGGGGGCGCGAGCAGCGCUGGGCCCCUCAGGCCGGGCCCCGGCUCGGUCCCUCAGCUCCCCUCGCUCCCUCCGCUCCCCACUCCCGUCGGGUACGGGAAGGUCCAAGCCGCUGCCGGGUGCCAGAGGGACUUCGUGGCCGCCGCCGCCACGGGUUCCGAUGGAGCCGCCGAAUCUCUAUCCGGUGAAGCUCUACGUGUACGACCUGUCCAAGGGCCUGGCCCGGCGGCUCAGCCCCAUCAUGCUGGGGAAACAACUGGAAGGCAUCUGGCACACUUCCAUAGUUGUGCACAAGGAUGAGUUCUUCUUUGGCAGUGGUGGUAUCUCCAGCUGUCCCCCGGGAGGGACAUUGCUUGGGCCCCCAGACUCUGUGGUUGAUGUGGGGAGCACAGAAGUCACAGAAGAAAUCUUUCUGGAAUACCUGUCCUCCCUGGGGGAGUCUCUGUUCCGAGGUGAGGCCUACAACCUCUUUGAACACAACUGUAACACCUUCAGCAACGAAGUGGCACAGUUCCUGACUGGGCGGAAGAUCCCUUCCUACAUCACUGACCUUCCCUCUGAAGUUCUCUCCACGCCCUUCGGACAGGCUCUGCGGCCCCUCCUGGACUCCAUCCAGAUCCAGCCUCCUGGAGGGAGCACUGUGGGCCGACCCAAUGGCCAGAGCUAACAGGACUGCAUGGGACCGCCCUGCCUCACCGGGGCUUUUCCUUUUUAAACAAAACAAACCCUACCAGAUUUCUAUUUUAUAAUUUUACAUCAGAGCUAACAACCAGGGGACGGCUUUUUAAAUUUUCCAGGGAAGGAGAUCAUCAGGCUGCAUGUAGGACAAUGCUGCUAAGAAACAGAACAAAAUGCCAUCCCUUCUAAUAGUAUUAUACUAAUUUAUUAAGGCUGUCUUGUCUGUGAGUUCACUUUUGACGCUGUUUCCUCAGCGUCCUUCACACUGGAGAAAGGGAGGGGGUUUGUUUAAGCAGAAAGCAAGAGGCACAGUUUGGGGGAGCCCCAACCUAGAACCUCUUUCCAGAGAAGACCCACACUCUACCCAGGUUGCCACCAUCUGUGGGACCCAGGUGAAUUUUACAACAUCCAUGAGCCGGAAGGAGUUACUCUCUAGUGUUAAAUGAACCAAAGGAUUUGGUGCAGGUGGGAUCAGUUUCAGGAUGACUAACCCAACCUAAGUGAACUCUUUAGCCACAAUCUCUCUCACCUUCCCUCUGCUACCCCAAACAAGGCCAUGGGGCCAGGGCUUGAGCAACCAGAAGCAUUAGGAUCGAGAGAGUGACAGCAAGUGUCAGGCCAGAGAAAACAGGAUAAAGCCAUUCCUCCUUCCAUCUAGACUGAUUGCCAAUCCUCUGACAUCAAUUUUGGAGAACUUGCCUGGCUGCCUACAGGCUGCUCUUCCUAAGCAUAGCUGACCUGUGAAAGUUAAUGAAGGCCUGGGCAGAAACCCAGGCCUUUUGUCUGCAAGUAAUAAUAUAAGUUAUUUAUGGUCACUAUGCCCCCCCUACCCAGACCAAUAUGCAGUAUUCAGCUAGGACCAAGGGGAAAUGAUUCCCUGCUCUAGGAAAAUAUCCCUGAUGUAGAAAGAAUAAUAGUACAGAAUCAAAGUGGCAAAAAAAAUUUAGAGUUGUUUCUGAUAGGGAUUUUUACGGUAUCUUAAAUGUGUUUUGAAGGCAAAUGUUGUUUCCGUUGUCAUUCUGACCUUAAGGAAGCAUGGUUGGGGGUGUGAGUGGGCAUUUUUCUAAUGAACUGCUGCUAGGAGCUUAUAGGCAAGGAAGAUUCUGGAAGCUUCUUAUCUCGAGAGGCUUUCACAUUCCCUUUCUUCACAUGAGCCUCCCUUAAGUUAGUUUUUGAGGAAGUUGAGUGUGGAGAAGGGGCUCAGAGCUGCCAGGUACCUGAGUCGCAGCCCUGGCAUCCUCGGGCCCCUCCUGCCAAGGCUUCUGCCACUUCUCAGACUUGAAUUAUGUUCUCUUUCCUGGGGUCUGGCCUGCAGCAGUGCCUUUCCUCUCCAAAAAGCUGCUGCUCAUCUUUGGCCUCAUCUCCUCCUAUCUCUGCUGUUAGCCAUAGCAGUUGGCAUCUUCAGGGUCUCAGCUAAAGGAGAUGUCAUUCUGCCUUAGUGUUUGCCUGUGGCCUGACUAGGGGCAUGCCCAUGAUGACCAGCUGUGAUGCCAAGUGACAUUUUGGAACUUUUAAGGUUGGAGGCCGAACAAUGAGCAGUUUUAUUCUUCUCAAGACCCACUGAUUUGCCAGUGUGCAUGGUAGAGCAGAAACCAGCAGAGACUGUUAUUUAAUGCUGACCUACUGGCAGAAUUGGGCCAUGGAGAAUGGAGUUCAGGCUGGGUUUCUCCUGGGAGGGCACCACAUUGGUUGAGGCCAUCGCUCUGCUUCCCACCUGGGUUUCUUUCCUUUUCCAGCUUGCCUUGCCCUGCCGUCUCUCUCUUCCAGGCUCCUGCUCCAGACCUCUCCUCCCAGAGUUCUCAGCUCUAGCCAGAGGGUGUUGGGCAUCACAAACUCCCCUUCUCUCUCCUCCCCCAUAUCCAGGCUCACCUGGUUUCAUUCCUCCCAGCAGUCACCUCCAGACCAAGGGCUAUACCAAGAAGUUAGCCUAAGUGGCUCCCUUGAGAGACUUUGAGUUGCUUGGUUCGUUGAAUAGCCCCCCUUCAUGCCCAGCAGCCAUUCGUGCCAAUGCCUGUGCCAGGGUUUGUGGGGAGAGAUGGAGGGAUCAGUGAGCUGUCUUCUCAGAACUCUGCAGGAAGCCCAGCUCUCCCUCCCCCACUGGAGCCCCACCAUCACUAACUAGGGGCUCAGGUCAGGACCCCCAACCCCAUCCUCACAUUUCUCUGUCUAUCCCAGAACCUCAGGAGCAUGCUCACAGGACCAUCUAGCUCUACAUGGGCAUGAGCAGGUGAGCAGAGUGAGAAAUGAGCCGUGUGUGUAAUUGUGUUGCACAGUGGACACCUCUAUAGAAGUCCGUCGGUUUAAAGAGACAGGGAAGGAGGAGGGAUGAGACCGUCACCCCUCCCAGAAAUAAAGCUUCUACCUUUGAGAUUCCUUUUUCCCUUGAAGUCAAACUAAUAACUGUGUCUAGUAUGGAGGUGUUUGCUGGUUUUCUUUGGUGUUUUUUCUAAUGCAAUAAACUCAUUUCUGCCUGCUGCA